CGUUCCAUCCUACUUUCGCACCUGCGCAUGGGUGCUCGUAAAUGUUUGUGCACCCACUUUUGCAACUUUACCAACCACAAAUGAAAUUUCUUCCUUUAUUGGUGGUUAUCCGUGCCAUUGCCGCCGCUGGCCUCAACCUCCCUUUUCUGCUCCCUCCAGGUAUCACCCGGCUAGUGGGCGGUCCUACAUUGCCAUUUCCACAGUGGCUCACGGACUUCACGGGCCUCAAAGAAUGGCCUGGUUUGGAUCCUCCCUUCAUCCCAUUAGACUUUAUUGAUUUCUCCAAAAUCGAACCCGCAAACCACCACAUCCAAGGACAAUGCGAUAUGAUCACGCCUACGAGCUGCUCGUUUGACUGUCAGAACUGUGUGUCGUUUGAUGAUGUUUACACUUGUCCAGUGUUGUCGCAAACGUUUGAUGACGGACCCACCCCAGCAACCACAAAACUACUUGCCAAUUUGAAGACUAAGACCACAUUCUUCGUGUUGGGCCACAACGUGGCCAAGUAUCCCGACACCUACCGCCAGGCGGUAGCAGCGGGUCAUAUCAUGGGAUCACACACAUGGUCUCAUAAGUUCUUGCCCAGCUUGCUGAACGAAGAGAUCAUCGCACAAAUACAAUGGAGUAUCUGGGCCAUGAAUGCCACGGGUCACCACCUCCCCAAGUGGUUCCGGCCGCCCUACGGUGGACUCGAUAAUCGGGUUCGUAGCAUCGUUCGCCAGUUUGGCAUGCAGAACGUAUUAUGGGAUUACGACACAUUUGACUGGAAAUUGAACGACAACUCCAAGUCUGCAGGACAGGUGGUGGCCGAAGUGGAUCAACUCAUCAAGUCCCGUACCCAUGGUCUCAUGCUCGAGCACGAUAUGAUGGUGCAGACGGUGAAUAUUGGCAUUGACAUCAACAAAAAGCUUCCUAGCCAAAUGACGGUUCCACAGUGCAUAGGAGGAAUCGACUAUAUCAAGAGGUUCAACUAGAUACCAACAUAUAUUAAACACACAAGUAUAUUAAACACGUUAUAUUAAAACAUGAAACUCAAUUCCUAAACAAAUAUAUAAAACCAGACCCAAAGGUACCCAAGCUUCUAAGCUCAAGCAGACGCACUAACAACAGGAGCCGAAGGAGCGGCAGCGGCAUUCUCAACUGACCCGUUCAAAAAUGGGAUUCCGUGCUUCGCAUCACUGAUAAGAGAAUCAGCCUUGCUCUUGGUUUGGGCAGCCACGUCGUUGACGUAGUUGGUGGUAGUAGCCUUGAAGGGCUCAAAGAAUUUAGCGUUCACGUCGGCCCACACAGUUUUGGCGGUGCCGAGUGCCACCACAACUCUCUUGCUAAUCUCGUUGGAGGCAGUGGCAGAGCUAUAUUGCAGGUUGUAUGUGUUGAUCAAGUAACUGGAAGCUCCCGUGUAGGUGUCAACUGCAGUCGACUUGGAUCUGGUGACCAAUUCGCCAGUGAUGGCGUAGGUGUUGGAGAUCUCCAGUUCAGCCAACUUUAAGCCAGCCUCAGCUUUGGGCAAAAAGUAGUUCACUUGCUCCAAGUAAAGAGCAUUGAACUUUUUCAAUACUGCAGACGCCUUCAGUUUGGCGUAUUCCACGGACUUACUGGGUAAGGUGAUGGCCCAGUCAAAUGUGUUCAACACAAGUUCGUUGAAUUUGAGGUCAAUAAACUUUAAGCCUUCAAUUAAUUUGGGAUAGGUAGCAGCAUAAUCGAUUGCUUUAACACUCAAAGCUUCCAAGUAAUGGUACACAGCAACCACUAAACCGAAAGAGGCUAAGAAGCUGGUGACCUUGGAUACCAAGGAGUAGGACUUGAUGUGGUUAACAGAAGUAGAAGUGAAUUUUGCCAUUUGAAAAUAAUUGAAUUAAAAUGUGGUAAUUGUGGUAAUUCUUUCUAUCCUUAAAUAUUUUUUUUCGCUAGGAAAUUUAUGGCUUAUCUGAUGAGUAGCGCAACCAAGGUGAAAUGCAAGUAUAAAAAUGCGUUUGUGAAAGGGAUGAGUUUAUAAUAAUACAGGUUUGGUUAGAACAAGAUGUAAUCACCAACAGUUAUGAAUUUUCUGGGGG